AUGACAUCGACGGCGAAACGAGUGCCGAUCCCAAAGAAUGGAGUCGAUUACCGCGGCCGUAUCGUUUUGGCCCCGAUGGUGAGAUCAGGAGAAUGUCCGUCACGACUGCUCGCUCUCGAAUAUGGCGCGGACCUGGUAUGGGGUCCAGAAACCAUCGACAAGGCUCUCAUUGGCACCGCGAGACAUAUCAACCCUGUGACGAAUACAGUUGACUUCACGCGCCUCUCAUCAAACGGUGCCAAGAACCCAGCAAUCAACCCAGACCAGAGAGAGAGCAUCAUCUACCGCCUGCACCCAGAGAAGGAAGGCAAGAAAUUGAUCUACCAGAUCGGAACGUCGAAUCCCGAAACCGCCGUCCAAGCCGCCAAACUCAUCGCUCCUGACGUCGCUGGGAUCGAUGUUAAUGCUGGAUGCCCGAAGCCGUUCAGCACAUCCGGUGGCAUGGGGGCAGCGCUGCUCAAAAAGCCUGAUCUACUAUGCUCCAUUUUGAGAGCACUCGUGAAGGAGGUCGGCGAGCCGAACGAGAUAGGCAUCAGCGUCAAGGUCCGCAUCCUCGAUACGGCGGAAGCGACUGAGGCACUUGUCAGGCAGCUAUGCGACACUGGGAUUACAGGCUUGACGGUCCACUGCCGCACGACGCCCAUGCGGCCGCGAGAACGAGCGAUUCGAGACCAGCUGCGCAUGAUCGCCGACAUUUGCCGAGAAGCGGGUGUGGCGUGCUUGAUGAACGGCGAUGUCACAUCUCGAGACGAAGCACUUGGUCUGAUCACUGAGUUCGGCGUCGACGGUGCGAUGAUCGCCACAGCGGCAGAGACCAAUCCGUCCGUCUUCAAACCUAAAGACGAAGGCGGCGAAGCACCCUGGCACGAAGUCGUGAAGGAAUACGUCAAGACAGCCAUGGAAGUCGAGAACCGCUUCGGCAACACGAAAUACCUCUUGGGUCAGAUGAUACCCGGCAAACUCCCCGCUUACAAAUCCAUGAUGACUGCGAAAAGCUACCGCGACAUCGUCAAAGCCCUCGGGCACGACGCUGAGCUCGGCGAAUCUGCGAGUGAUGUGGACAAGCGACUGGAGAUUGGUGCAUUCGAGAAGCCGAAGAUGACGAAAGCGGAGCGGAAAGCUGCGAAUAAAGCUGCUGCGAAGCAGGCUGAGGCGGCAGAGGAGAAGCAGUCGGAGGAAGUACAGGAACAGCCGUCUGCUGCGGGCGUGAAGAGGAGCGCGGAGACUGCAGGGCUGGAUAUGCCGCCGGAUGUUGCGCGGGAGCAGGCGCCUGCUUCCAUGCCUGAGCGGGCGUCUGUGUUGUCGGUCUGA